AUGCCAUUAUUUAAUUUAAAGAAUGCUAAAAAGAAGCUUUCAUCAAGUUCACUUUCAUUAAGAAAGACACAAUCAACAGGAGAUAUUGAAGAGGAGAAUGUAUUUACGAAUGAUAUAAAAUCUUCAAAGUCAUCACCGACAACCACGACUACUACUACAACAGUUAAAAAACCUACUCAUAUAUCAUCCAUGACCACUAAAAGACCAACAACUGGAAUUUUACUUAAUUCUUCUUCUUCUACCACUACCACUACUGUUCCAUCAAGUUUAUUACUAACACCCGUAGUUGAACAACCUAAUGAGAGCGUAUCAUCAACAACAACAACAACAAAUGAUCUAUUGACAGCCAAAUUAAAGGAUAUUACUGCUUGUGAUAUGGAUUUAUUAUUAGCUUUAGAAACUCAAGCUCGUAUGGAUAUUCAAGAAGAAAAACAGCUUCUUCUUCAAAGGCGUCCAACAAGAUUAACCUUUGACAUUCCACCAACACCAUCCAUUACUACUACUACUACUAGGAUCGAUGAUCAAGGAGAGAAGAAGAAUAGAUCUGAUUCGCAGUCAUCUUCUUUACCUACCAUCACAAGUAGUGGCAAGGAAUUUAACUUGUCUCAUACUUUCUUUUCUAAAACAAAAUUAUCUCGUUGGAGUCGUGCUCUUCAUAAAGAAGAAGGUCAUACGACUACCGUGUUGGAGGAUUAUGCAGAUCCAGUGCCUGUCAUACAACAAUCUAUUUUAAUUGGUUCAAAAGUCAAAUUGAUUAAACGACCUCUACCCAUUAUUGGGACUGUUAAAUAUAUAGGAAAGGUCCAUUUUGAUUCAAGUCAAGAAGAUUGGUUAGGCAUUGAAUUAGAUACUAGAGUUGGUAAUACAGAUGGAAAAGUAGGUGAUACUCGUUAUUUUCAAACAAAAUCUAAUUGUGGUAUAUUCGUGAGGAAACAAGAUACAAUUAAGGUUUGA